AUGGCGAUGAUGGUGACCCGCUCCUUGUCCUGGGGAUCUCAAGAGGACACGAGCUAUGGAGGCGGGCUCUGGAAUCGUUGGAUCGUGGUCACUGUGGCCUGGUACCUCUGCGCCACCUUUACGGCUGCAGCCAUCAAGCGGUCGCAGAACCGAGCGAUGUUGUCCGUCUUUGCAAACCUGGUGAUGGGUUGGCCGUUGGUGCUCCCCUUCGCGCUGAUGGAGGGUGUUCCGGGCUGGAAGCGACUACGGACGCACUGGCGGAAGGUGGCGCUGAUUGCCGUGCUGGCAGGGUUGGAAAAGAAUUUGACCAACUCCUCCCUGUCGUCCAUUGGCGGUGCCUUAAAGACAGCCCUCCAUGGUUUGAAUGUGGUUUUCACCUUUUUUGUGGCAGCCAUAUCGGGUGCGGACGACCGGGCUUACUAUUGCAUCCGUGGCUGUCGUUGCAGUGGAAAUCUUCUCUUGUCCUUAAGCCUGGUCCUGGUAGCCUCUGGAAGCGUCUUUGCGCUACCUGAUCCCAAGCACGGGAGCCAGGAUGCCUGGAAGAGUAGCCAUUGGGGCGUGGUCUUGCAGUUGGGCUCCGGCUUGGCUUAUGCCAUGAAGUUUACGGCCCUCAAGCUCCUGCUCUGCGGAAAUGAACAGUCGCCCAAUGUGGAACAACGGGCGCCCUCCAAAGCGCACGUUGUGCUCUUCUGUAAUCCAGUCAUUGGCCUCAUGAGCCUGGCCCUAGUGCCCUUGGGGCCAAACAACUGGAGCCUGCCGCCCAUGGGUCUGGCUGUGGCGGUGGCGGUGGCGGCCACGCCCAUACUGGUGCUUCAGAUGCAACUGAUCCAGUUACUGAAGUCACCGGUGACUGUGGCCGUUCUGGCCGUGUUCCAUGACCUCAUGAUUGUGAGCCUCAGAAGGGCCAAGAUCUUUGGAUCUUUGGAGGUACUGUACUUUGUUCUGAUGGGCGGUGAGACGUUCUCAGAAGCACAAGUGAUAGGCUAUGCGGUCUCGGCUGUUGGCGCGGUCCUGUACAGCUGUGCGAAGUACCGUUAUUCCGAUUUGGCGGACCAGGAUUCGGAUGAAUGCAACUCCUCCAUUGAAAAUGAGAGGAGUUAUUCAAGGACCCCCCAGGCCUUAGCCCUUCAGUUUUCUUUCUCAACCUCAUCAUCCAGUUUCAGAUAG